AUGGAGUCACAGUGCCAACCACUACUCGAUCAGUUCAGCACCCUUUUUAAUGGCAAGAUUUCAGGCCAUGUAGGCGACCCUAUACACAUCGAGCUGCAGCCACACGCAGUCCCUAGGUUCUUGAAGUCCCGCACAGUGCCACUGGCAUUGAGGACAGCAGUCGACAAAGCGUUAGACAAGUUAAAAGUGCAAGGCAUUCUGAAACCCGUCUCUUCUUCGACAUGGGCUACGCCGCUAGUAACAGUACGGAAGCAGAACGGCACCUUACGUCUAUGCGGAGACUACCGUAGCACGGUGAACCAAGCGGUAGCGAAGGCAGCGUAUCCGCUUCCCACAGUAGAUGAUAUGCUGGCUCUAGUUCAAGGAGGCAGUAUCUUUUCCAAGAUCGACCUUCAGCAAGCGUAUCAGCAGUUACGAGUGGACGACGCAUCCUCCGAGCUACUCACGGUGAACACGCCACGUGGCCUAUUUCGUGUCACAUGCUUACCUUUUGGUGUAUCUAUCUCGCCUCUGGUAUUCCAGAAAUACAUUGACAGCCUUCUGGCAGG